AUGAGCACAACCUCCACCAUUGUCUUUCAGCAGGACAUCGGCAUUCCGCAGGCUACCAUUGCCGCCGACCUCGCCGCCCGCUUCCCCUCGGUCAGCUGCCGCUUCGCCUGGGCAAACGACGACGACGCCGCUGCCGCUGCCGCCACCGCUGGUGACGGCGAUGAGGAGCAGAACGAUGCGCCUGUCCAUGCACUGGUUACGGUCACCCACCCGUUCACUGCAGAGAUCGCUGCGGCACAUCCUGAUCUGCUCGGCGUGGCCGUGGCCUUUACCGGCUAUGACGCUCACGACACCUCGCUUGGAGUGCCCGUCUUCAACGCUGCGGGCUACUCGACGCCGGCGGUGGCCGAGCUGGCGGUCGGCCUCACUCUCUCGGCCCUGCGUGGGCUCGCGAUCUUUGCCCAUGCCACAGAGUGGACGGCGCUGGCGCCAGGGCGCGAGCUCGGAUCAUGCACCGUCGGCAUUGUUGGGACUGGCGCCAUCGGUUGCGCCGCCGCCCGGCUCUACGCCGCCUUUGGCUGCAAGGUCAAGGGCUGGUCGCGCUCCGAGUCGGCUGCCUUUACAGACGGUGUUGGCGGCGAGUACGUCCACGAUCUCGCAGAGCUGGUCGCUACCUGCGACAUUGUCUCGCUCCACGUCCCGCUCAACGAUGCCACGCGGCACCUGAUUGGCACUGAUGUGGUUGCCGCCCUUCGCCCGGGCGCGGUGCUUGUCAACACUGCCCGCGGCGGCGUGGUCGACACUGCUGCAGUUCUCGCCGAGAUGCGGGCGCGGAGAGCGUCGUCGGGCACCUCGUUUGUCUACGCCACAGAUGUGUUUGAGGACGAGCCGCUGCCGGCCGACUCGCCGUUCUUCAACGCGGCGUCGGACCUCGCGCCGUUCCUUGUCCUCUCGCACCACGUGGCGUACAAGACUGCCGGCGCUCUCGCGCGGCGGUGGGAAAUCACGCUCGACAACCUUGACGCCAUCCUCAACCGCGGCGGUGUCGGCGAGAACAGGGUCAACUAA